AUGGAAUCAUUCCUUCCAACUCCAGUCGUGCCAUCUAAUGCUCCCUUGUGGUCUGACAUCGAUCAAGACUCACGCAUUCUCAAAGAACAGUGUGGUAAUAGACAACUUGGAUAUCUCCAGACGCAGAAUACCCUAGACUACUACUCGAACGUCAACGAUGACUCUACGUGUGGAUCUGCUGGUGGAAGGCCAUCGGCCUAUCAAGCACUGCAAUAUGGUAGAGGUCGAAUAGGCAAGCUUCAACAUUCUUGGAUGGCCGGACUGGCACAGAAGUACGACCCAGGCUCUCAACACUUGCUCAACAAUGUCAAUCGUGGCAGACAUCGUGGCCUGGGAAACAUGCCUACUGACGAUCAAGAGAAAGAUCAGGAGGCAGAGAGGAAGGCCAGGCUGCUUGCAUCAAGGUUCUUACGGUGUGAUGGUUACAUCAAGUAUCGAAAUCGUCAACCCAAGGAGAAGAAGGGCAACAAAGAAGACGCGAAGUGGCCCGAUCACAUCGAAGACGCCUUCAUCGUAGGUUGGUAUAUCGCGAGUUUUUGA